CUGAAACCUUCAGGUCACCCAAGGAACUGCUCUCGCGGCUGGUCCUGUGCGGCAAGGCAGGGGGUGAGCGCGAGGCGCGCGGGGCGCGGAGAUGUGCAAGUGGCGAAGCUGGACCGAGUGCCGCCGUGAGCUGCAGAGCGGCCACUGCGAGGGAUUUUAGGUGAUGGGAAGAUCAGAAAGUCAGAUGGAUAUAACUGAUAUAAAUACUCCAAAGCCAAAGAAGAGACAGCGAUGGACUCCAUUGGAGAUCAGCCUGUCUGUCCUUGUCUUGCUCCUGACUAUCAUAGCUGUGACAAUGAUUGCUCUCUAUGCUACCUACGAUGAUGGUAUUUGCAAAUCAUCAGACUGCAUAAAAUCAGCUGCUCGACUGAUCCAGAACAUGGAUGCCUCUGCUGAGCCAUGUACAGACUUCUUCAAAUAUGCUUGUGGGGGCUGGUUGAAACGCAACGUCAUUCCCGAGACCAGUUCCCGAUACAGUAAUUUUGACAUUUUAAGAGAUGAGCUAGAAGUCAUUUUGAAAGAUGUCCUUGAAGAGCCCAAAACUGAAGACAUAGUAGCAGUGCAGAAGGCAAAAACCUUAUACAGGUCUUGUAUAAAUGAGUCUGCUAUUGAUAACAGAGGUGGGCAACCUCUUCUCAAACUGUUACCAGAUAUAUAUGGGUGGCCCGUAGCAUCAGAAAACUGGGAUCAAACAUAUGGUACUUCUUGGACAGCUGAGAAAUCUAUUGCACAACUGAAUUCUAAAUAUGGGAAGAAAGUCCUCAUUAAUUUUUUUGUUGGCACUGAUGAUAAGAAUUCUACCCACCAUAUAAUUCAUUUUGACCAGCCUCGACUUGGCCUCCCUUCCAGAGACUACUAUGAGUGUACUGGAAUAUAUAAAGAGGCUUGCACAGCAUAUGUGGAUUUUAUGAUUUCCGUGGCCAGACUGAUUCGUCAGGAAGAAAGAUUGCCGAUUGAUGAAAACCAGCUCUCGUUGGAAAUGAAUAAAGUUAUGGAGUUGGAAAAAGAAAUUGCCAAUGCUACAACUAAACCUGAAGACCGAAAUGACCCAAUGCUGCUUUAUAACAAAAUGACAAUGGCAGAGCUACAAAAUAACUUUUCUCUAGAGAUCAAUGGGAAGCCAUUCAGUUGGUCAAAUUUCACAAAUGAAAUCAUGUCAACUGUGAAUAUUAAUAUUCAAAAUGAGGAAGAAGUGGUUGUUUAUGCUCCAGAAUAUUUAACCAAACUUAAGCCUAUUCUUACCAAAUACUCUCCCAGAGAUCUUCAAAAUUUAAUGUCCUGGAGGUUCAUAAUGGAUCUUGUAAGCAGCCUCAGCCGAAACUACAAGGAGUCCAGAAAUGCUUUCCGCAAGGCCCUUUAUGGCACUACAUCAGAAACAGCAACGUGGAGACGGUGCGCUAACUAUGUCAAUGGGAAUAUGGAGAAUGCUGUGGGAAGACUUUAUGUGGAAGCAGCAUUUGCUGGAGAGAGCAAACAUGUGGUCGAAGAUUUGAUUGCACAAAUCCGGGAAGUUUUUAUUCAGACUUUAGAUGACCUCACCUGGAUGGAUGCUGAAACAAAAAAGAAAGCUGAAGAGAAGGCCCUAGCUAUCAAAGAAAGGAUUGGCUACCCCGAUGACAUCAUAUCCAAUGAUAACAAACUGAAUAAUGAGUACCUUGAGUUGAAUUACAAGGAAGAUGAAUACUUUGAGAACAUAAUUCAAAAUUUGAAAUUCAGCCAAAGCAAGCAACUGAAGAAGCUCCGAGAAAAGGUGGACAAAGACGAGUGGAUAAGUGGAGCAGCUGUAGUCAAUGCAUUUUACUCUUCAGGCAGAAAUCAGAUCGUCUUCCCAGCUGGCAUUUUGCAGCCCCCCUUCUUUAGUGCUCACCAAUCCAAUUCACUGAACUAUGGGGGCAUCGGCAUGGUCAUCGGACACGAAAUCACACAUGGCUUUGAUGACAAUGGAAGAAAUUUUAACAAAGAUGGAGACCUCGUCGACUGGUGGACUCAGCAGUCUGCAAAUAAUUUUAAAGACCAAUCCCAGUGCAUGGUGUACCAGUAUGGAAACUUCACAUGGGACCUAGCAGGUGGACAGCAUCUCAAUGGAAUUAAUACACUAGGAGAAAACAUUGCUGACAAUGGAGGCCUUGGCCAAGCAUACAGAGCCUAUCAGAAUUAUGUGAAAAAGAAUGGUGAAGAAAAAUUACUCCCUGGAAUUGAUCUAAACCACAAACAACUAUUCUUCUUGAAUUUUGCCCAGGUGUGGUGUGGGACCUACAGGCCAGAGUAUGCAGUCAAUUCCAUUAAAACAGAUGUACAUAGUCCUGGAAAUUUCAGGAUUAUUGGGACUUUGCAGAACUCUGCUGAGUUUGCAGAUGCCUUUCACUGCCGCAAGAAUUCAUACAUGAAUCCAGAAAGGAAAUGUCGGGUUUGGUGAUCUUCACAAGAAGCAUGGCAAGACUCUUGAAAGCCAGAGAAAUAGGAGCACUCCCUUCAGAGAAAUCGGGCCCUGGAAGUUUCUGCAGCUACUUGGGGACAAUUCACGGAGAUGAGCACAAGCUAACAUACAUGAAAUUAGAUUAUUGAAUCCACUGUGAAUGGAAGGGGGAGGAAGCCUAAGGUCUAUCAAAUUAAUCACUUUACUGUGUAAAUAGUGCUUAUUUUCAAUGGCAGUGUUACUGGUCAUUUCUUUUUCUCACACACACUGCAAGUGUAAUACUGUCCACAGAGAACAGUCUUAACACUUGAGGCAGACUACAGCUUCAGAUCAAAGGGAGGAAGAUGUUGAAUACAGCUGGGCACCAAAGCACAGCUAUGAUUUGCCUCAGCACUCAUUUUGUUUGCAACAUUCAUGCUCCUUGAAAACUCUCCCAAAGAACUCCCAAGCAUACUGUGGCCUUAAGGCUUAUGGAGGUUUGAACUCACUUUACCAAUCAUAAGUUAUUCAUUCAUUCAACAUUGUUUUAGUUUAAGCACUCUUACGACAAAAAUGAGUAUCUGAAACUAUUCCCCAUUUUACCCACUUUAAUGACAUUGAAAUUUCUUCACCCUCUGCAAUCUUUUGAGCAAUUUCUUGCUUUCUCUGCCUCUCUGAUUUGGCCUUUUUUUAAAGGAUUUGUAGUAAUGUGUAUAAAGAAUUCUAUAUUUAAUUAUUAACUACAUGUAUGACUGAAUAACAAUUACUGUAGGUAAUCAUUGAAUAUUGAAGUUAUAUGGCAAGAUAUAUAGCUCUGAAGAUCUGUAAAGUGAUGUGCAGACAAAAAUGUGGGACUUCUUAAACCUGCAAAUCAUAUUGGUGAAAAGUUUUAAGUACAAACUGAGGGUGAAGGUUACCAUUGAACCACUGUCUAGAGAUACAUAAUAGUGUGGUUUACAAACAGCAUUUUCAAGAUUAAGUCUGAACCCAAGAGUGGCUAUAAAAGGGCCUACCUGUAUCUGUGUUGCUCCUUGAGUUCUUAUCUAUUCAGGUUUGUCAUCUAAUGGAAAUAUUUUGAUAAUAAAUCCAAGUUGUGAGCCCCUUAUAGGCCUGUGUGCAAGCCAUCUAGUUAUAGAAAGCCCAUGUCUGAGAAGAGACAGAAGGCCUCCAGCAGACCUGCUUCUGGAUUUCUACAACAUAUGGACCCUGACUGGAUUCCUCCUAAAGUGCUCAUAUUCCCUUCUUUUUAUGGUUUUUCUACUUACUUUAGUGCAUUUCACUAUUCAAUUAAGAUUUUACAAAAGAGGUGCACUUCUACAACCCUUAUUUUUCUAUCAAGUUGUAAAAAUGAGAAUAUUUCUAUCCAAUAUAUUGGUUUUGAUGCUCUUGUAAAAAUCCCAUUUGUCUGUAAAAAUUGGUACUACAAUAUAAUUUAUAAAACUGUAUAUAACUGAAUUAUACAGUUAAUAAAUGAACACUCCUUCUGAACACAGUAAUACAGCUACAACCUGUAAGAAAUGAGACACUGCCCUAGCUCCCUGCCAUCAAUUCAGUCCUCCACAUAUAUUAUUCAGAUCUUCUAGCAUCAUGUACUAGUUUUGCCCCAUUUUAUCUUUUAGUCAAUUAUGCAUUCUUUCUUAUCUGACUUCUCUUUGCCUUACAUCUAUAAAAUUCAGUUCUAUAGUUGGUUUGUGUGUGGAUCUGUCACCGUCAAGUAAGAGUCUAUUGUGUGACUCAACUACAAAUUUUCCAUCCUAUUGUUGAUGGACCCUUAAGAAGUUUCCUGGUUUGGAUUGUCACAAAUGAUACAACUAUGCAUUAUGAACUGUGCUUACAUAUUCAUCUUUACUUGAACCAUUAGUGAAAUCACUUUCCCAAGUCUUUUAAAAAAUUAUUGUAAAUAUUGGAAAUAGUUUCAGACUAACCACAAAGACACUUCUUCUUUGCCCUUUUGCCACAAACACUAUCAUCAUGGCUAAUUAUAGUAUAUGUAUAUUAUUGUUUCUUUUAAAUCAGCUUAAACACUUGAAUAUUAUUCAUGGUGGUAGUAGUAGAUCUCAGUUAAACAGCUCUCUCUGAGGUUAUUUUUAUUCCUGUCUGUGAGAGCAACUAAAGAGACAGAAGUGAAGAGUAACUCGUAGCAUCUCCACUGGUAAUUCAUUGAAGCAUAAAGCUUCCAUUCCUAUAUAAUAGCAACUCUGGUGCCUACAUCCCUACUGUGCAUAUAAAAUCCUUGGGACUGAGGGACAUACAAAAUUAAGAAUAGCAAUUUCUUCCCUAUUCCUCACACAUCCAGACACCACUUUUUGUAGCUGGUACUCAGAGCCCUGUGUCUCUUGAUUCCUACCAACCCUUUGUCACGUCACAUUACCUGAAACUUUAAACAUAAUCUCUCUCAUAAAUCCACUCCCACCAUGUUUAAGUUCUCAUCAGGGAGAGUUUAGAAGCAGAAACACCAAGGACGAAGCUCCUGGCAAUAUGUGUUGGCAAAGAGUCUCCUUCCAUACCACAGUGUAUGUGUACAAGGCCUAAGGUUGCUCCCCAGAAAGUUGAGGACUUGCCCUACUUCUUCUACCCUGCCACUGCUGCCAAAAUGACCUUGGGCACAUGUCUAUUCUUUGGGGCAACUGCCUCUCUUACCCAAAUAGAUGACAAUUAGAUUCCAGCAGUUUGUACCAAUGCUGCCUUCCCUUUAACUUGUUACCCAGCAAACAAGAACCAAAAUUCUAACAAUCUUGGCUGUGAUGCUGUUACCACUAGGCAUGUUGACAGGGCAAAAACUUGCUAAUUUCCUCACAGUGUUUAUAAUUCCUAUAGCAAUAGAGUAGAAGGCAUCUAUUCUUUUGUAAAGAAAAUAAGAUUCUAUUGUGUAAAAAGGAGUAUCAUCAGAAGUUUUUGUUUGUUUGUUUUUUAAUUAGCUCCUAGUCUCUGGGAUAGAAAAUAACAACAAAUAUUUUCAUAAUGUUAUUUCUAUACCUAGUUGACUCUGUUUUGAUCCUACCAAUCCGCAUGUAAACCUACACACACCAUUUAUGCCUUGAAAAAUUUUUAAGAUUAAAUGGAGCAUUGGUUUCUA